GGAGUGAAAAGACUAUAUUAGCAGAAAUGCAAACGUAAACAGUCUGAGCAUAUUCAAAUGUGUGUAUACUAGGAAAAAUUUCGUCAAAGUUAAGGAUUUCGUGUCUGAAUUUGAAAUUUACAAUUAUUAUAAAAACGUAAACCGUGUGCUUCUUAAAAUAAUCUCUUAAUGUGGGAUUCAUUUAAUUUGCUUCAAUUUUUAUGGUAGUAUUCACGGCGAACUAUGAAUUACACUCAUCUACAAUGGCUUACAUUCAAAAAAAUUCAAAAAAAAUUUAAUGUAUCGGUUAAGUUUUUAAAGAGCAAUAAAAAGAACAUUCAGAAAUUUUUGAAAUACGCUCGUCAGUUGCGACCAACUCUAAAAAGACGUGCCAUACGCAUUCAACCAAAUAAUAGGGUCGUUAUUCAAUAUAGUUAUUUACGUAGGGUUUUAUUCGACGCACGCCAGUGCAAACAGAUUAAAAGACGUAAGAAGAACGUAAAAGCCUGGUCUCGAGAUAUUGUACAGUAUUUGAAAAGAAACGGUGGUAUACGAGAACAUACUGAAGAACACACAAUAGUAAACAUGCCUCCGGCGGAAGUAGCUAAGCGGCUGAAGGAACAAAUCGAAAUGCUUAAAAUUCGUUCACCGUCGACCACAUUGUUGUUUGAUAAAAAACAGGAGGGCGAAAUAGACGAAGCUAAUACUGAUUUCAAUAAAUAUAAUAAACGUUUCCAUUUUGGCGACAUAAAUGGUACAUCACUGGCAGAUUUAAGUGUGAAUACACCUACCAACAAAUUAGCAGCUUUGAAGGAGUCAACUAAACCAAAAGUACCACCCGGAAAGAGAUUGCUUUACAGUGAUCCCGACAUUUAUGCGGAUAAAGUAAAUGUCAUGCCUUCUAAGACUAACUUAUCGGAUUUUGCUGAUACUCCAAGUAAUGAUAAGUUUCUAAAUGCUUCUACGCCUAAAAUACAAGGGUCUAGACCUAAAAUAGAUAGUUUACAAUCAAUUAACAUAUCCCUACCGGAAAAGUGUGGUCGAACUUUAUCAACUUCUCAUAUUUUCGCACAAAAUGAAUAUGCUGUUCAAAAGUCAUCAGACCGGUCUGAUCAGACAAAUAAUAGUUUGACAGGAACUGAAAAUUCGAAAAAUAUAGAUAGUUUGAUAGAAGACGAAAUUUCGAACAAUUUAGAUAUUUCGACAGAAGCGGACAUUUUGCAAAAUAAUGAUAUCGCUAAUUUAGAUUCCGGCAAAACAAACUCAAAUGCUUUAUUGGAUGCAGAUAUUACAGAUAAAUCUGUCAAUAUUAGCUUCUCUAAGACAGAUCAAAAUACAAUGGGAUCAGAAACUUCACUUAAUGAAGAUGACAAUGUUGUAAACAAUGUCUAUAACUCAAAUUCAUUAAAAGGUAGGGUAUUGACUUAUUUUGAUGGUAAUUCUACUGAAACGAAUGUAUCUAAAACAAAUAUUGGAUUUAUAGAUGGACUUAUAACAAAAUCAAAAUUAAUUACAUCAACAUCAGAGAUUCUGUCUAAUUCAGAGCUAGAUCCCAAUAAUGAUGCAAUAAAUUCAAAUGAUCAGAAUGAAUUAACUAAAUCUACUAAAUCAACGACAGAGCAAUAUGAUAGUGACAAUCAAUCAGAAGAUUUCUUAGGAUUCGACGAAAGUGGCGCUUUUACUAGUUUUAAAUUGGACCACUACAUGAAUAUAUAUCCAGAUAUUUUUCCAAAGGAUGCUACGAAUUUAAGUAAUAACUGUAAAUCGAAACGUUUAUUUCGGCAGAGUAAACUCGAAGGGCUAUUAACACCCGCGACUACAGCUCCACUGCUCCUUAUGCCUGAAGUACCUGCUAGCUUACAAAAGCUGCGUACUGUAUCUGAACGUCGAAAUUAUCUGCAAAAGUUUCAAAAGUUCAAUAAAUUAGCUAUAAUUAAUAAUGAAGCUAUGGUUUAUCGUGAAUUGCAACGUAAAAUAUUACAUAAUAAUGGCAAAACUAUAACGAAUUCUAUGUCUCAGACUAUAACGUCAUCUAUGCCCUUCACGAGACAAGGAUGGAAAGCAGCUUCAUUUAUAUCAACUGAUAUAAAUAAAUUUUAUUAUCAAAAAGUAAUGGUGGAUAAUAAUUGUGUAAAGUUGUUCGGAGUUUAUGGCAACAACGCGGAAUUAUAUAAACCUAAAUACUAUAGUAAGGUACCACAGAACAAACUACCUAUUUGUACUUCAGCCUGUUUAGAUGCAUUGAAUUGGCGUGAUAUAAGUCCUUUUAAAUCAUCUUCAAAUAAAUUGAAACUAAAUACUUGUACGAAUGAAUCAGCUUUCAGACCGUGUCCUUUAUCAAAAAAACCAUCCAAUAUAACAGAUGAUGAGGAUCUAAAUAUAAUGUUAAAAACUAACAACAAAUUCUCCUUAUUAAGACUGCCUGAGCUUGUGUUAGAAGUGAAACCCGAGGUCGGCAGACCAUUAAAUAAUUUGGUUAAGACUUAUAUGCAACAUGUUAUGCCAGAAGACAAAAUAUCCCAUGAAUGGGCAAAAUUUAGUGUAUCAACACUAAAGGAACAGGGAAAAAAAUGUGAUGAAACACCAAAUAAUCGGGAGUUCUAUAGCUUUCCAAUACCUUAUGCGAAGGGCAGGGAGACAGUUUUAGUGCGACAAGCUAUAGAUCGAUCUGAAAAGCUGGAUGAAUAUUUUACAACUGAAAAUCAAAAAGCCAAACUUUCUUUCCGAGCAGAUGUGCAAAACGAUAAUGAUGAUCAAAUAGUGAAUGACUGUGCUGUCUUUAUAGAAGGCUUAAUUAAUAGUGUGGCUAUUAGUGUCAGCGAAGACUCAUUUACCCAAAGCGAUCCAGAUCUAGUAUAUGAAAACAAAACAAGACAAAAUAUUUAUGCAAAGAAGAAAUUAAAAGCCAAAUGUGAAAUCAAAUCCCAAAACAAAAAGCAAAGAAGUUUAGUAAUGGAACUCAAACGACUUAAUGCUACAAUAGUUGAUGCACACGUGAAAAGUGAUGAAUAUUGUACGAAGGAAUACUGCAAAGGAGGUUGUGUUUGCGACAGUCUUAACGAAGGUGCAUCAGAUCGUGAUCAUUGCAAAAAGAUCAACUGCAUGUUUGAAUGUACCUGCAAAGGCUUGAAUUCGACGCGCAUAAUGCGAAUAGAAAGAGAGAAAUGCAAUAUAAGUACAAAAGAUGCAUAUCUUAUACGGCAAAAAGCUACAGCGCAGUUGGCGCCUAUAGAAAAAGAUUUUAAUUCAACAAUUGUUCUUACGAAUGAUUCUGCAUUGUUAAUAAAUGAUUCAGAAAUUAACAGGAAGCGUCGUUCCUUAAAAACUCCAAAGCGUUUUGAAGAUUUUACUGGAGAUGAGCAGAACAAUUCCACUUUGUCAUCUAAAAAAAAUUGCGCAACAUCAAUUCGAUGUAACUCUAAUUCUCCUGUUACAGCAGAUGUUGAGAAAUCAAAGGACGUUACUAAUUCUAGAGAUGGUUUUUCAGCAGUUGUUACACCACUUCGAGAGACUGUAUUCGUUGAAGAAAAUCAAUUUAAUUCAUUAAAGCAUUGCGUAGUAUCUCUAAAUCGAUUUCCAAUUGACAACAUGGUACCAUUUUGCUUCAUUCAUGAACUUUACAAGUGUUUUUGUGGUGCUAAGGCAACCGAAGGUGAACGUUUCCGAAUUGAACCAGAACAAAGUAAACCAGAACCAGAACAAAGUAAACCAGAACCAGAACAAAGUAAACCAGAACAAAGUAAUAAUGAAAAUAUUUCUGAAAUUCCCAAUGAUGAAAUAUCCAUAAAUAUUAUAAACGAACCUGCACGUAAUAUCAAAAGUAACAUGAAGAAAUCAGUACGUUCUACUAAAUCGGAUGUUUUAUUUAAGUAUUAUAAUCAAGAUCAAGAGAAGACUUGUCGCCGCGCAGUACCAAUACCGGGCGAUAUUGUUAAGUCUCAAACUAAGGGUCGAAACUUAGGUUGCUAUCGAAAAGAAAAUGAAGACGAAACUAAUAGACGUCUCCUUUCUGAACUUAUAUUGAGAUCAGUUUACUAUCCUAAAAAUAUAGAAAAUAUUAAUCAAUCAGAAAAUCCUUUAUUAAACAACAAUGACAUUUCUUCAUCAGAAAGUUUUCUAGAAGAUAGUACUUCAACGGAUGGUCUCGAACUCACUGAUUCUACGGUAAAUUCUUUUCAACAGAAAAAUACUUCUUGCAUUGAAAAAACUUCAUUUAAGAAUAUAACAGACUCUUCAAAUAAUGGUUGUGAAAAGUUUGCCGCAGAUGCUAAUAAAAAGAGUAAACAGAGAGAAAUGAAAAAAAAUACUAAAAAUAAAAAUAUAUUGCCUCCAGAAAUUGAAAGUGAUAGCUCUGUUAACGCCACUAGCACUGAAAUGCAGUUCGAUGAAACUUCUACAUUGAGUAAGGAUUCAUUAAGUGAUUCACAAUUAGGCGAUUUAAUAAAUAGUUCACAAAAUUUAGUUGGCACCAUUGAUCUAACUAACGAUUUUAAUGAUGCCGACAACAGUGUUUCGAGCAAUCCUAGUAUUUCGUCUAUUGAAAAAGAUUCUGGCACUCCAAUCAACACAGAUGAAUAUGAAGAAAAUGACCACAUGCAAGAAGAACAACAAUUAGCAGAAAAUGAUGAUUUUAAUAAUCCUAUGAAAUUAAAAAAUUUCUAUGAGUUCGUGAUAAAGGACAUGAACAGUUUAGUCAGCAAAAAAAUGCAAGAUAUAGAUAAGGUUUUGAAGCGAGAAAAGAAAAUUAUUCCUGCACCAAGUUGCAAUAUAAUAUGCGUUAUUAAAUGGAAACAAUUUGUAGAGGCCUAUGAUGAAAAUUAUGUCUUUGUGUGGAAAGCAACACAGCGUAAACGUACAAUUUUAGUUGCAACAAUCGACUGUGAAAAGCCAUCUAUUUUGAAUGCAAGAAAAACCGAAGAACUUAACAGUUUUAAGUACGAUGAUGCACUUCUAUUGGGACAGCUACUUUUUUCGCGUCCGAAUAAUGAACAGACUAAUAACAUGGCAAUAAUUCUCCAAGGUCGCAUAGGGUACUGGUUAGUGCGGGGAUUUUUAAUAAUGGAUAAACAAAGUGCAUGUCCGAAGCCAACACCAAUGACACAUCCCGUUUUGACUAAGAAAAUUAAUAUUCUUUGCUCUGUUUUGGUGAAACAACGAAACAAUGAAUAUAGAUUACAAAGUCAGCAAAACGAAGUAAACCAAUCUGAAACUGUACAGGAUACUGAUGAAAGUGAAGAUAUUGAGAGAGGAGAAGUUACUCAAAAUGACUGCGCUGAAAAUGCAGAAGAGCUGGCAUUUGUUCCAACAGAAAACACUAAUCCUAAUGAUAUACCUGCAACCAAAUUGCAAUUACCCAAAAUUGCUAGCGUAACAAAUUUCGAAAAGUCAUUGACACAUUCCAAAAUCUUAACGUUGCCGAAUAGAAUUUCGCCGUCUUCAGUAACACACCAGCAGCAGAUAAGCUCUCUAAGAAAGCGUUUGCCAUCAGACGAAUCGCUACAACCUCUUAGAAAGAAAAUUCGAUUUUCAUCUCCAUCUCGACAUAAUGGAUCUCGACGGAUUUUUAUGCCUACGCGAGCAGCUCUUAUGACACCCAUGGCUGUUACAGAUGAAAAUACGUUAUCAGUACAACAUGAGAAGUUUUUAAAACAACUAUGUGAACAAGCUGAGCUUAAAAUUAUAAAAACCAAUAUUGAGUUACGCACACUGAAUUCGUCUGAAGUAGCAGAAAUUGUUCAUCCUUCUGGAAUCCCUGGGAACCAGAAGUGGCUCAUUAUAAAUUUACGAAACGAUUUUUCGCACAUAUUUGUGCCGAAAUUUAAUAUUCUGUUGUCUCGUGAUCGUAUAAUGAAGAUAUUGAAAUAUAGCGCGCAAAAAUACAAAUCUAUUAAAUUUCAAUAUUUCAAGAACUUUGCAUUUGAUUUCUACGUAACCUCAUUUGCCAAAUACAUACUUUAUUUCGGCCCUUUUACACUGAAUUAUGAAAUACCGUUGCUGUUGUUACUACAAACUGUAGAUCGAAAUAUCAUGUUGAGAGAAAUAUAUCAGAAAAAUUAUAAGCACAUAAAUCCAAAAACCCAACAGACUACUGCAGUGUUGUUAAUUAAAAGAAACAACUGCUUUGAAGUAGAUGUUGACGAAGAUCAAAGUGAAGAAAUUGUCAUAGAUUCUGACAGCGAUGACGAUGUAAUAAUCGUUGAAAAUUCCUCUGAAUUUCCAUCUCAAAAUAGUAUCAGUAGUAUAGAAACAGAGAAUAUAGACUGCGAACAACUUUCACCUGUUGCAACAAAUACUAACAAUACAAAUAAUACUGAUAGUAACAACACACUUAAUCUCGGCCAGGUUUCAGGUGACAUGAUUUCAGAAAUUGAAGAGAAUAGCGACCAUAUAUUGCCCAAAUUGGUGCCUAUAAGUUUCAACCGGGGACCGAUUUUGCAAAUUCCAUUAGGAAAUCAAAUGGGAUAUGAUAUAAUAAAACUCCCAAACAAUGCAGUUAUUACAAAUGUAGCAACUGCGCCACCUGAAGUGAGUUAUGGUUCCACAAUUUAUAUAACAAGUGCACCGGAACAGACAGCUACGCCAAGCACAACUAAUAUGAAUAUUUCAUCAAUCAAUCAUACCGAUGAUCCGAUUCAAAAUGAGUCAAAUCCAGCUAUUAAAAAAACGGAAUUAAAUAAAUCUAAUUCCUCCCCGUUUAAGGUGCCCAAACUUCCUAAACAGAUUACAGUAACACAUAAGGACGUUAUUUCAACAAUAAAUAAAUUACCGACAGCCAAUACAAGCUUAGUAAAUGUUGAAAAACCUACAAAAGCGACUAAACGUCGUCGGGACUCGGUCCGACCAAAUGCAACAUCGAAUCCUUUUGUUAGUCCAUCAAAGAAAGGAAGCCCAUCGACAAAAAAUGUAAGAAUUGCUUCUAGGUAUGUAAUGGAGCAACCGCUGGUAUUUGAUGUAAAUCUUUCAGCCGAUGAAGAUGAACCACCAGCGUCAAUACUUAUAAGACAAAACUAUAAAAAGAAAAACAAAAACGUUCCAAUGGAAACAGCUUUGCCCAUAGGUAGUUAUAUAAGCAUGGAACGUAUAACUCCCAUUAAAGUAGCAACAGUCAAUAGUGAAUCGUUAGCAAUUUCAAACACAGAAGUAAGAGAGCAAACGAAUGCAGUUAUUGCUACUGAAAGUAUUAUAAACACAAAUACUGGAGAAAAAUUGGUCUUAAAACCAAGCACUGAUUUUAUAUCCAAAUCUGAAGAAUCUUCUUUAGAACAACAACAAAAAUCAAAUAUGCAGAAUGGAAGUAAACUUUUAAGAGUAUUUAAACGCUCUGCGGAUGGUGAACUGAAAUCUGGUAUAAUGCGCAAUGCUAGGCAAACACCAACUGUUACUCUCAACAAUAAUAACAAAAAAUCAUCAAUAACUUUAUGUAAACCAACAUCAAGUUUCUUACAAGAAGGACCGACAAAGAUCUCAGAUAUGCAGAAACCAACAACUUCAAAAAUAUCGAAUUUAAGCGCAGAAAGUGCGAAAUCACUAACAGUCAAUAACGAAAACAAUCAAGAAAGCGCACCAAAAAAGAAAGAAAGUCUGUUGGGAUAUGUCACCUCCGAUAUGAAAGAAAAGGUAAUUGUCACAUGCAAAAUGAGGCGGACUUAAGUAAACUUAUUAAUUUGUAUUUGACUGAUAAAUGCAAUAACAAAUAUUUUCAUCUGUUGCCAGUUCAUUGGAGGUUUGUAGAAGUUAACAAAUCAAACCGAAUACAAGAAAAUAAAAAUUUGGAAAAUAAAUCAUCUAAUCAAAAUGCUGGAGUAACAGAUGCGGACAGCGGCCUAAAUGAUUUAAACAAGAGUGCCACAAACACACUUACUUUGUCUUAGGCGUUGCAUUGAAUUAAAUUAUAUAUUAAAAUUUUUUCUUUGUUUUUCGUCCUUAAAAUGUAUAUACCAUAGUUAGUAAUAUAUAAAUUCGUUAUCACAUUUAUUUGUGCAUUAUAGAUACGCCACAAAGAAAUGCAAACCGGCUAAGCUCGGUGUGACUUUUUCUUCUUAAUAAUUAAUGCUAUUUUUUUAAGUUUGUACAGUUUAUGCAAAAAAGAAUAUGUUUUAUUUAUUUAUUACAUUUAUAAUUGUUAAUUUUCCAUUGAAGUUUUUGUAACACGAUUACUUUUGUUUCGAUUUUGCACAAAAUCAAAGAAUAUUCGGUUUUUAUUCAAGAUUUUGCCACUUUGGAGAACUAUAUUUCUAUAUUUAACUGUUUAAACCAUAUUCCUACAAUUCCAGAAUCGCAGAAAUAAGUCAAUAUAUUUUUAUAAGUUCAUUCAUUAAGUUUUUACAUUAAUAACUCCACAUGUAAAUUAUCGAACCCAGUAAAAAUGUUUUCAUUUCUCGAUUUGAAUAAAUAAAUCUAAUUUUUAUUUACUAAUUCGUUACUAUUACUAAUGUACUAUAUAUAAUAUGUAUAUAUAAUAUUAAGAAUUCUAAACAUUACUUAAACGUAAUGAAAUUGUUAUAAUAAAAAUUAAUGUCAAAUCUUUGUACCUUACUGCAUUGAUAGUAAUAAUUCCGUUUGACAUGAAAAUACUUACCGCAAUUUUGUAUAUUUGAAGAAGAUUUAAAGACAAACACCUCAACAUUUGAGCAUUUGUAAAAUCAUUGAAAUCAGUUAUAU